AUGCCUCCAAAGGAUAAUAAGAAGAACCCAAAGGCUGAACGCGAUCUGUUAGACGAGGAGCAACAAUUGAGCGAUGAGAUUGUGAAAAUGGGUUUACGUUUGUCUGCAUUGAAAGCGCAUCAUUUUGCUCGUCUGGAUGAGGUCACUGCCUUAACGAAGGAUCGAGAUGAAUUGCGAUUGACGUGUUCAAAUUAUGAGGAGGAUCUUAGCACAGCGACAACUGGUAAAGUGGAUAUAUUGACCGAUUUUGCACGGCAGUACAAAAGGGAAGAAAAUACAAAGAUACAAGCUUGUAUAGAAUUAGAUACAGCAUUAAACCGUAUUGAGGAAGAGAAGCUGAAGCUGGCUGACGAGCUCAAAAAAGUUGAGGCUGAUUACGACGAGGCUAUCAGUGCGGUGAAGACAGAACAUGACUCACUGUCAACUCGUAUUGGUGAGAUGGAGAGAGAAUUUGGCGUCAUUAUGAACGACACGCAAUUCAGAGGGUCACACGGCCAAUCAGCGCCUGUGGAAUUUUCGUGA